GAAACCAUCGCGCUCUUGCUCGUCACUUCUCCCUUCUUCUUCUUGGAUCUGGUUUUUGUGUGGAGAGAGAGAGAGAGAGAGAGGAGGAAUGGCGAAGGAGUCGUCGUCGAUCCCGUGCACGCCAUUGCUGAAGGAUGAGCUCGACAUCGUGAUCCCGACGAUACGGAACCUGGAUUUCCUGGAGAUGUGGCGGCCUUUCUUCCAGCCGUACCACCUCAUCAUCGUGCAGGACGGGGACCCGAGCAAGACGAUCAAGGUGCCGGAGGGGUUCGACCACGAGCUCUACAACCGAAACGACAUCAACCGCAUCCUGGGCCCCAAGGCCGCCUGCAUCUCCUUCAAGGACUCCGCCUGCCGCUGCUUCGGCUACAUGGUCUCCAAGAAGAAGUACAUCUACACCAUCGACGACGACUGCUUCGUUGCCAAAGAUCCCACUGGUAAGGAGAUCAAUGCCCUCGAACAGCACAUAAAGAAUCUCCUUUCCCCUGCUACUCCACACUUCUUCAACACCUUGUAUGAUCCCUACCGAGAAGGAGCAGACUUUGUUCGUGGGUAUCCUUUCAGCCUCCGGGAAGGUGCUCGAACAGCUGUUUCUCACGGUCUUUGGCUCAAUAUUCCUGACUAUGAUGCUCCCACUCAGCUCGUCAAGCCUCGCGAGAGGAACACAAGGUAUGUUGAUGCGGUUCUUACCAUACCAAAGGGAACAUUGUUUCCUAUGUGUGGAAUGAACCUGGCCUUUGACCGUGAGCUGAUUGGCCCUGCAAUGUACUUUGGACUUAUGGGUGAUGGCCAGCCGAUUGGGCGCUACGAUGACAUGUGGGCUGGAUGGUGUACUAAGGUAAUUUGCGAUCACUUGGGAUUGGGAAUUAAGACAGGAUUACCUUACAUCUGGCACAGCAAGGCCAGCAACCCUUUUGUGAACCUGAAGAAAGAGUACAAAGGUAUCUUCUGGCAAGAAGAGCUGAUCCCGUUCUUCCAGUCUGCAGUCCUUUCCAAGGAGUGCACCACCGUGCAGAAAUGCUACAUUGAACUGUCCAAGCAGGUGAGGGAAAAGCUCGGCAAGAUCGACCCUUACUUCACCAAGCUUGCAGACGCCAUGGUCACAUGGAUUGAGGCAUGGGAUGAUCUCAACCCACCCAAAGUAGCUGCUGAAGUGCCCAAUGGCCCGGCCAAGGCGAAGUAGAGUAGUUGAUCAUAUUUAUCAUUUGCUUUCUCAUUAGUGUUGUGAAAUGGUGCUCAUUAUAUAUUUACCCCUUCAGAUUUUUUUCAUUUCGCUUAAUUAUAUUCAUGUUAUAUUUUUGCAGUUUGGUACCGCUACCCAUUUUCAAACUUUAGUUGACAAUAAAAUGUUCAUCUUUAAUGGAA